AUGAAAGAAGUUUAUGGUGACGAUGCACCACCAUACGACGUAGUCAAGCACUGGCAUCACCAGUUCAAAUAUGGUCGGACAUCGGUGGAUAGUGCUCCUAUUCCUGGACGACCACAUUCCGCCAUUAAUGACGACACCAUCCAUAAAGCGGAAUCCACCAGUUUGGAGGAUCACCGUAUAACUAUUGGGCACCUAGCCCAAGAAAUGAAGAUAUGCGUAGGGUCUGUGGAAAAAAAUCAUUUACGAACAUUUACACAUGCGGAAGUUGUCUACACGAUAGAUUCCCCGGAUGCUCACAUCUUUUCUGAAGCAAGAACGAGUCAAUUGCUCCCAGGCUCUUUUGGCAAGAAAAGGAGGAGAACUUUGUGCCAAGAAAAGGAGGAGAACUUUUUCGACAGACUUAUCACACAGGAGGAAAUAUGGGUCCAUCUGUAUGAUCCUGACGCUAAAGUCCAGUCGAAGCAAUGGAGGCAUAAUAACUCACCACUUCCAAAGAAGGCUCAUGUCCAAUCCUCAGCAGGCAAGGUGAUGCUCACAGUCUUUUGGGACCAGCACAGAGUAGUGAUGAUAGAUAUUCUGGCAAAGGGCACCAUAAUUAACGGGGCAUACCAUGCUUCUCUGCUGCAGGAAUUGUGGGACGCCAUCAAAUCAUAG